AUGGAUCGAUUGCGCAAAGUGCCACGGCUUGGUCGUCUGGCCGUUGGGCUGCUGCUGGCGGCCGGCCAGCUCACCACCGCCUAUAACUUGAACCCAGACUCGGCCGACUCUGUCAAGUCGAUAUCAAAACAAAUGGCGGAGGACUUGGUGUCAUUUUACAACGGCAAUCAGCCUGGCAACACGCCUGGUCUUCUUCCCGAUCCAUACUAUUGGUGGGAGGCCGGUGCUAUGAUGGGAACACUUAUCGACUAUUGGUAUUACACCGGUGAUGAUACCUACAACGACAUAACCUCACAAGCUCUCCUCUUUCAAGUCGGCGAGACCAACGACUAUAUGCCGAGAAAUCAAACCAGAACCGAAGGAAACGACGACCAAGGCUUCUGGGGCCUCUCCGUCAUGUCGGCUGCCGAAUACAACUUUCCGAAUCCGCCCGCUGACAAGCCACAGUGGCUGGCCCUCGCUCAAGCAGUUUUCAACACUCAAGCCGCUCGGUGGGACACUGAGCACUGCGGAGGAGGUCUACGCUGGCAAAUCUUCACAUGGAACAACGGUUAUGACUACAAGAACUCAAUUUCGCAAGCGUGUUUCUUCGCUCUCGGCGCGAGACUAGCCCUGUAUACUGGCAACCAGAGCUACGCUGACUGGGCUGAGAAGACGUGGGACUGGAUGAUUAAUACGAAGCUCAUCAACACCACAAACUGGUACGUCUAUGACGGUGCCGGUAUUGAGACCAACUGCACCGUUCUUACUCCUUACCAAUUCUCCUACAAUGCCGGAGGCAUGAUUCUUGGUGCCGCUGCCAUGUACAACUAUACGGAGUCGCAGACAUGGAAAAACCGCUUGGACAAUCUACUUCAGGGCAGCAAAGUCUUCUUCACGGGGCCAAAUAACAACAUCAUGUCAGAGGUUGCCUGUGAAUCGGUCAAUACCUGCAACGUUGAUGAGCAUUCAUUCAAGGCGUACUUGACGCGCUGGCUAACUAUGAUGAUUAAAUGGGCUCCUCACACGUACAAGGUCAUCAUGCCAUACCUACGUGCAUCUUCAGUUGCCGCAGCGAAGCAAUGUCAGGGAGGCGAUAAUAAGCGUAUGUGUGGCCUCAUCUGGUACGAUGGCAAAUACGACAAUACGACUGGAGUCGGCCAGCAGAUGGCUGCCCUGGAGAUUACCAUGUCCAACUUGAUCGCGAAUAGCAGUGCUCCGGUGACUGCUGACAGCGGUGGCACCAGUGUUGGAGAUCCUGGCGGCGGCGGUGAUGACAUUGGUCGAAACCAGCCGAAAGGACCAGACUACAAACCCAUCACCGCAGCCGAUAAGUUUGGCGCCGCUAUCCUCACGGUGAUUGUUGUUGCUUCAGUGGUUGGGGCCAUGGGUUUCAUUUUCCUGGACGAGACAUCGACCAAAGGGCCUGUGGCUCAGCUCAAAGGCUGCUGCCGCCGGUCGAAGGAGGAGCGACAAGGAAAAGGGAGUCCGUAUCAAUGAAAAGUCGGUCGCCAACAACGGUGAUUCGGAGAGCAGCUCAAAUAACGCACUGACUGAGCCGGCAAUGGUAGCUACAGACUCAAUGCGGCACAGUGUAGUGAGUCAACGACGGCUGUCGAACAUGCCUAUAGGUUGGCCUCAUAAUCCGUCCGUCAGGAAUAGCCUUGUAGUGGCCGAGUCCUCAUCUACCGGAGCAUCUGCUGAAGACCAGCGACACCGAUAGGCGCCCACAACGUUGGGCUGUUUGAUAGUUUUGGGCUGGUUGCCCUUUUUACAACGGGCACAGCGGGACGGCGUUUUCUUUUUCUUCUUCUUUUGGGUGAUGCAUAUCUUAGCCGGGGAACUCUCUCUCAUUUUUCCCGCGGCGAAUCUGGAGUCUUUAAAGGGAUAUAAUCUUGGAACAGCGGCGAAACUGGUCUAGGUUUGGUUAACAUGUUGGGUGAAUGUAUUACGAGCCCGUGUUCAAUGACAUACACUACACGGUAUUUGAAGUCAUGAUGUGACAUGCACAUAGGAAGAGAGAGAGGCCGAGGGGGGUUUAGAAUUACACGGACAAUUUCACAACAGUGAGAGGGGUCUUGUGAGAAAUUAGUGCUAGCAAUGCUGAGACCAUACUGUCGGGU